AUGUUAACAGCCAUACUUAUCUUAUUUUGUCUGUUCAACAAGGCAUUGUCAAUCACGAACGCUAAAACUCAGCUACAAGAAAUUUUACGAGUUAAUUUGGAUGCCAGAGCGGCAAAGUAUCGCGAAAUCACCGUCAAAUACCAGAACAGUCUCAAAGACAGAGCUUCGGAUGCAGAGAACUUGAAAAUGCUUAUUCCAAAAACGAAACCAGGAUCAUUGAAAUCGGAUGAACUCUUUCACAUCAAUGAUAAGGCUGGCUUAACUCCAUAUCUAUGGGAAGGAGACAUUCAUUUAACCGAUGCUCAACUGCAACAGUUUGAACAGUCUGUUCAGCUUGCUCCAUGGCGCAAAAGGAGACAAGUGACUUCCAUUUAUAGCAAAUGGACUAAUGGAAAUGUUUAUUAUUCGUUAGAUUCAGGAAUCGAUUCGCGGAAACGAAUAUCUAUUGGUCAAGCGUUGGCAUACAUAAGUGAUCGCACUUGUUUAAACUUUAUCCAGAGUAAUACAGCCACUAACAGAAUCCAAGUAGUUAAUGGAGGUGGCUGUUAUUCCAGUGUUGGUAUGUUAGGUGGUGUUCAAACGCUCUCAAUUGGAGAUGGCUGUGAAGUUAUUGGAACGGUUGCUCAUGAAUUUACUCAUGCAUUGGGUGUAUGGCAUAUGCAAUCAAGAGAUGACAGAGAUGAAUACAUAGCCUUAGAUUUAUCAACUGUGCCGGUUGGCACACGUUAUAAUUUCGCCAAACUAUCAUCAAGUGAAGUAAUAAAUUAUACGCCAUAUGAAUAUGGAAGUUUCAUGCAUUAUGGAGCAAAUGCAUUCUCAAGUGAUUUCGUCUCAACAUCAAUCAUUCCUCUUGAUUUGGAUUAUGCAUACACCAUGGGGAAUCGGUUAAUAUCAUUUUAUGAUAUUUCGCUCUUGAACCAACAUUAUAAUUGCUUCUCACAAUGCUCGAAUCGAAUUUCGUGUGCGAAUGGGGGAGAACAGAAUCCUGCCGACUGUUCCAAAUGCAACUGUCCUUUAGGAUAUGGUGGAGACUUAUGUAAUAUUCGAACUGAAGAUGGCGGAAGUACCUUGACAGCAACGCGCGAUUGGCAGAACCUUACAAUCUCCAUGGGAGUAUCUGAUGGAAACAUUCGAGAUAUUUUCACAACAAUUACCUACUGGGUUGAAGCACCAGCUGGUCAACAAAUACAGCUUAUGAUUACGAAUAUGGUAAACUCUCAAUGUAAUUUCGGGUGUGCUUUCAACGGUAUCGAACUCAAAGUACGAUCCGAUCAGAACAUUGUUAACCCAAGGUUUUGUUGUCCCGAGUUCCAAAAUAUUGGCCAUCUGAGUGACGUCAACCCUACACCUGUUAUCGCUUUCAACCGAUUUGAUAAAUCAGAUUUCUCUAUUGCGUAUCGAUAUGUUAAUUUCGGAGAAAUUACAACAACCACGACCCCGUCGGGACCUACUCCACCUACAAGAAGCACUUCCUCUACAUCAUCCACAACAACUACACGAACCACAACAACCACAACAACCACAACUCCUCGAACAACCACAACAACAAAAAGUACGACCACUCUUCAACCUACCCAACCUGUAACGACGGAAUCAAACACCAGUCCAACACCCCCGACGCGUCGUACGCGUCCUACAAGACGUCCAAUACCAACCCAUCCGGCCACUCGCCCACCUCGUGUUACUCGUCCAACAGUCCCUCCAACUCAACCAACUUUCUCUAGCAGAACAGUUACUAUAGCACCAACAAGAGCAACUCGUCCAACAUUAGCAACGACCACAACUGCACCGUCUGGUCUGGCAACUGAUGUAACGUGCAGAGAUUUUAUAUCAGCAAAGCAUUGUCAUUCAUUAAUGAAAUCUGAUUUUUGCUCUUCACGCACUUACCCCUCUGCUUUAAUUAAGUUCAAUUGUCCAAUUUCGUGUGGCUUAUGUGGAAGAGCUUUACCUGAUUGUUCAGACACGUAUACUGGAUGUGAAGAUUUGAAACGACAGGGAUAUUGCAACUUCCACGACAAGAUGCUGGUUGAAUAUUAUUGUGCAAGGACAUGUGGCUUCUGUGAGAGACCUAAUUGA